UUUAAAUUCUCGUCUGUCAAAGUGUUAGAAUUGUAAUGAGCUCAUUCUCGCCGCCAUGUCUUGUGGCUUUAUCAACAGGCGUUAUUCGCGAGGCCGAAAGUUUCUGUAUGAAGAAGAAAUCCAAAAGCUCAUCGAAGGUGGAGAAAAGUUGAAAAGGAAGACCAUUUCAACGCUUGAAGUCGAUGACAACUAUCGAAGUCGGCUCGUAAAGACCACGAAUUUAAACGAAACGCUGAGCAAACUCCAGCAGUUUGGCUCGGGUAUAUGUCGAAUCGAAGUCGCUCAAGAGAAUGGCCCUAACUACACUGGAACUGGUUUUCAUUUUGGUGAUGGAUGGAUUCUCACUGCUGCUCACGUUCUUCGAAAUCGUGAUAAAGUUAACAUGGCAAGAUUCGUUUUCUUCCCGCCAGGAACUGAAAUUUCAUUUGAAGCGAGGCCCCGAAGAGCAAUAGUUCACCGCUUGCUUCCCGCAGGUCGAAGGCCUGAUUAUCAUAACCGAGAUAUCGUAUUGGUCAAACUUGGCUUUCAGUACACUUACGGGAGGAAAAAAGAUGAUCUGGAAGAAUGGGAAAUAGACGAGCAGCAACUCCUUGAGCAGUCCGAUUUGUUCAAUUUUACCUCGUUGUUGGAAAAAACAUUCACUCCCACCGGAGAUGAGCAAUUCAGCUUGAAAUCCACGGAUCCACUAACAAUUAUUCAUUUUGGCAGUGGACAAAAUGACCGCAAGAAAUUUGCAUACGACAUCGAAACGUAUGAAGUGUACAAACAUAUGGAUCUAAAAGUGAUCAACUUUGCGUUUUCCUUUGAUAGCGGAGCAUCGGGUUGCCCUGUAAUUCAGCGUGUCGGGGAGAAGUGGAUCCUAGUGGGUGUGUUUUUUGGCGGGGCCUAUUAUGAAAAUGAAGCCAAUUCAAUCAUAACAGGGCAAGCUUUGGUCUGGAACCAAGAAGUCGUUCAACACAUUGAAGCUGGACGGGAAGCUGUCGACAAGAUGUCCAGUUUCAAGCAGUAUAAUGUGUUUAUUCCGUUCUCUGAGAGAGCUCAGCUUGUACUAGAGACCAAAGUGAAGGAAGCCGCUGACCUCGCCGUAAAACAUCGCAUCUUGAUUCUGUGAUCCCAUCUCCAAACUGUUUUUGACUCAAACAUAGCGUACUUAUGACUUGUCAGUAACGAUAUCGUGUAGGACCGAAUAUCAACUUAGCUCAUUAACAAGUGUUAAGAAGUAUGGAAAUGAAAGCAAAAGCAUGACAUGUACUAAGGCUUACGCCUGAGUGGCGGGAAAAAUAAAACUAUGUAUGCAAA